CCUCGUAGAAGGCGGGGCAGCGCGGGUCCUCGGGCCACAUUGCGAUGGCUGCGGGUGGUGGCGUCGCUUCUACCGAGAGGCUGCGUUACGCCGAGUACUCGCCUUCCGGGAAACGGCCGGACGCCGACCUCGACUACGGACUGGCAAGAAGUUUGAUAGCUGUAGGUCUGGGUGUUGCAGCUCUUGCAUUUGCAGGUCGAUAUGCAGUUCAGAUCUGGAAACCUCUAGAACAAGCAGUCACAGACACUGCAAGGAAGAUUUCAUCUCCUAGACUUUCAUCCUACUAUAAAGGAGGAUUUGAACAGAAAAUGAGCAGGCGAGAAGCUAGUCUCAUUUUAGGUGUAAGUCCAUCUGCUGGCAAGGCCAAGAUUAGAAUGGCUCAUAGGAGAAUCAUGAUUUUGAAUCACCCAGACAAAGGUGGAUCUCCUUACUUAGCAACCAAAAUCAAUGAAGCAAAAGACUUGCUAGAAGCAACCACCAAACAUUAAUUGGUAUUCAAGAGCCAUGCUGAAGGAAAAAUAGGGGUCUUAAAACAAUAGUCCUGCAAAUUAAUCUAAAAUAUGGUCUUGAUUUUCAUACACAUAUUGACCAUAACCUUUUCUUCCAUCCUUAAACUACAUAAUAAUAAAAGAGUAAUAGACUUGCUUUUUAUUUUCUUAAA